UUCGCGAAGGGUGGGCACACGAGAAAGCAAAGAAAAACAUUAUCGAGAUUUCGUUUCCGAGACACGGAUUAAAAAUGAGCACUCUGAAUCGACCCAAAUCUCCGCGGACGCCAAAUUCUGGUAAAAACUUCGACAAAGAGGAAAGUUUUUGGGACAAAAUCGGUACCCUUGGACGUAAGAAGCGGAUCAAAGAAGUACAAGAGGUGCAAGAGGAAGGAAAAAUUGCCAUUGACUCUCCUGGAAACCCGAAUGCUCCAAUCGUUCCCCCGGAGGAGUACAAUCUCGAAGACAACGAAUCCCGUUCGAUCAUCCAGCCUGCCUCACUGCAGCAUCCGCACGUCCGUGAACUACUUCAGGUUCUGAUCGAUUGGAUCAAUGACGAAUUGGUGGAGGACCGUAUCAUCGUGACGGACAUCGAGGAGGAUCUGUACGAUGGACAGGUUUUGCAGAAGUUGUUCGAAAAGCUGACCGGAGUGAAACUGAACGUGCCGGAGGUCACUCAGUCAGCCGAAGGCCAACGACAAAAGUUGGCCAUCGUGCUGAAUGCUGUCAAUCAUACUUUGGGCUAUCAUCACAACAUCCCCAAAUGGACGGUCGAAAGCAUCCACACCAAGAACACGGUUUCUAUUCUGCAUUUGCUAGUCGCCCUGGUUCGUCAUUUUCGGGCCCCGAUUCGUCUGCCGGAGAAUGUUCAUGUCACCGUCGUAAUGGCCCAGAAAGUGAAUGGAAAAUUAACGAGCAAGAAAUUCCAGGAGCAGAUUACGCUACAGUACGACGAUGUUGGUAUGCGCUGCGAGCGGGAUGCCUUCGAUACACUGUUCGACCACGCACCAGAAAAAUUGGCCGUUGUUAAGAAGUCGCUCAUUACGUUUGUCAAUAAGCAUUUGAACAAGCUCAACUUCGAGGCCGCCGACCUCAGUUCGGACUUCAAGGAUGGUGUUUUCCUGUGCCUAUUGAUGGGACUGUUGGGAGGAUUCUUUGUUCCGUUGCACGAGUUCCACCUGACACCGAAGGAUACCGACCAGAUGGUACACAAUGUCGGGUUUGCGUUCGAGCUGAUGAUGGAUCAGGGACUGAAGCCGAAGGCGCGUCCAGAAGAUAUUGUUAAUAUGGACCUUAAAUCCACCCUUCGUGUUCUGUACACUUUAUUUACAAAAUAUCGAAACAUCUCCUGAAGUGGAGAUAUGACAGCGCAAAGAGAAAGUGCCUUGGCAGCUAGAAUGGCCAACUUUUUAACAAUAGUAAUUGUUAACAUAGGAAUCGUAACACAACGUACGCACGUAUUGAGCCGGUUGCAGUAGAAUGGCGGGCGAUAGUAGUAUUAACAUUAACUAACACACUAGUUGGAAAUUCGGAACAAGCAACCAAAUUUGCUUUCUACUCUGAAUCACUUUUUAGUCGUACUUGAAAAAAAAAAUACUUUAUUUACUCAUAAACGAUUGCCGGAGGCAAAUGUGUUUUGCUAAUAAUUUAUUUCAAGCACCUUUUACUUAACGUAGUACCAAAAAAAGGAAUAAACAAAUCUAACAGCGAAAGCAUUCACAGCAAUAUAGGGUAUUGAUAAAAGAAAUUGGCCUAUAGAACUCGCUUUCGACUGCCUUAUGUUUGUAACGUAAAUUUUACUAUGUUGGUCAGUGUCUAUUGAACACGCUCAGACUUCUCGAAGCAAGUUUUGCUUCGUUUCCCCAACUAUCAAACCAGAAG